AUGAACAACUCAAGAACACGUAUCUACUGUGAUCAUGACCGGACCGAAGAUCCCGGCUGUGAUGCAUCCAUACUUAUAUAUUCAACAAGAAGGAAGCCAUCUGAAAAAUUGGCAGUGCCAAACUUGACUGUACGAGGAUACGAGCUUAUUGACGAGAUUAAGAAAAGCCUGGAGGCUGCAUGCCCUUCAACUGUAUGCUCCGAUAUCGUAACCCUAGCAACCGGAGAUUCAGUGGUUCUUGCAAGAGGGCCAAACUAUAUUGCUCCAACCGGACGCCGUGAUGGGCUCGUAUCAAACCCUAACAACGUUAAGUUGCACAGUCCAUCAUUUUUAGUUUAUGAGGCAUUGGAAGCUUUCAUUGCCAAAGGAAUGACCCUAAAUGACAUGGUGACCCUAUUGGGUGCACACACGGUUGAAUUUGCCCAUUGUAAUUUUUUCCAAGAUAGGCUCUCAGAUUUUCAAGGGUCAGGAUCUCCUGAUCCCUCAAUGGAUCCAGCUUUGGUUUCAAAUUUGAGCACACUCUGUGCAGCUAGCAGCAACCCCACUACAUUUUUGGACCAAAACACAUCUUCCACUUUCGAUAACCAGUUAUACAACCAUAUUCUUUUGAAAAGAGGUGUUUUGCAGAUUGACCAAGAGCUUGCUUCGGAUACUCCAGGUUCUGGUUGGAAAUGCAGGCGAAAUAAGGAAAAAGGGUAG